GUUGCAUCACUAGUUUGUGUGCCAUGCUGAAAAUAAUUAAUUCUGUCUGUCGGCUUAACUUAAGAAACAUGAGCAAGUACAACACUAAAUAUCUGGAAGACAAGCUGCGUCAAGAACUGCAGGCCACACAUGUAGAGGUCUAUGAUGAUUCAGACGGCUGCGGUGGAAAAUUCAGUGUCAUCAUUGUUUCCAACGUCUUUGAAGGGAAAUCAUUGUUGCAAAAGCAUAGACUGGUCAACACAACGUUAGCGGAGGAACUAAAGAAAAUACACGCUUUCUCGCAGAAAUCAUACACACCCAAAGAGUGGGAGGAGAAAGUGCAGCAGCAAGAGUAAACCUGUUGCCGUUUGGAGCCCAAAAACCUGUACAGACAUGUAAAUAUGUAUAUGUGUGUUGUACAGCGUGUGUGUGUGUGUGUGAGUGUAAGCUAAAGAAACGUUAACCAGUCGAAACCAAAAACAGUUGAGCGUCGAAAGUGAAAGGCCAAACGCCGAUGAACGGAGCAACAAUAAACGAGCGAAAAAUAUCUGCGUAAUAUUACAUUACAUAAAUAUUCCUCAGUAAAUAAAGCGAGAACAACUGAAGUAAUUUUGCUUGAA